AUGUCAAAAGAUGAGUGCCCCAUAUGUGCAGGGGCAUACGAUGAUUACAAUGUGAUGUGGAUCCAAUGCUCAAAAUGCAAGCAAUGGCUUCAUUCGAAAUGCUUAGAAAUCCCCGACCACAACUUGGGCGACUUUAUAUCAUACCAUUGCAAAACUUGCGCUCACAAAUAUGGACCCUCCAAGUACAAGAGAAAAUCAAAGAGGUCUAGAGUCCUGAUAGACUACGUGGCAUUGAAUGAAGGUGACGCAUUUGCUCUAGAUAAAGCUUCUCACUUUCAACUUCCCAAGUUCUUGCAAUUCACAGGUGAAAAGAACAUAUCAAUACAAAGAGAUUUAACCAAAGACCAAGCCCUUUGGAUGGAAAAACCAAUUCUCGUUCCAAAUGCUGAUUGUAACCUUGUAGAUAUGAAGCUACCACGACCUCGGAAGGAAUUCACUAUCGACUACAUUACUGAAUGCUGUGGACCGGAAGAACCGGUUGAAGUUAUGGAUGUGAUAUCGCAGCAAGGAGUUACCCCGGGUUGGAAACUACACCAAUGGCGUGAAUAUUUCAAAACAGACGAAGCACAUCGCGAUAGACUACGCAAUGUAAUAUCUCUAGAAAUAUCAAAUGCUCCUGAAUUGGGUACCGAGUUUGAACGACCUAAAAUGGUUCGUGACAUGGAUUUAGUGGAUAAGGUGUGGGAUAAGGAUGAUAAACAGGAACGCAGUAAAGUUACCAAGUACUGCUUAAUGUCGGUAAAGGAUUCAUUUACCGAUUUCCACAUUGAUUUCGGAGGCACCUCAGUUUAUUACACUGUUAUCAAGGGCUGUAAAUCUUUCCUCAUGUUUCCACCAACUCAAGACAAUCUUGACAUAUACACCUCGUGGUGCUUAGAACCAAAUCAAAACUUUAUCUGGUACCCUGAACAUUUUAUAUUCCGCAAUAAGGAAAAAGUCUACCCAACCGGGGGAUUCAAAGUCUCUCUACAACCGGGGGACUUGUUUAUAAUCCCCAGUGGAUGGAUCCACUGUGUGCACACCCCACAAGACUCUCUUGUACUUGGAGGAAACUACUUGACAUUGCGCGAUAUGCCUACACAGUUGAAGAUUUACGAUAUAGAGAGAAUCACAAAGGUUCCUACAAAGUUUAGAUUCCCCAUGUUCAACAAAGUUAUCUGGCUUAGCGCAAUCUACUACGCCAAUCAUAAGGACGAGUUUGCAGAGGAUAUCGGCCGUGCAAAGGGACUUGAGAUAAUACGCGUCUGGGUACAACACCUUGAGCGGCAUCUCGAGUCUAGCAAAACGAACCAAGGUGCAAAAGCGAGCUUACCCAAAAACCCAGCACAGGUUCUACAGACAUUAAGAACAUGGACAAAUGAGAUUUAG